UUCCCAUCUUCCUCCUCCGAAACCCAACGAAAUCACAGAGAGAGAGAGAGAGAGAGAGAGAGAGAGAGAGGAGGAGGGGAGAAGAGAAAUCUAUUUCGGAAGAGCUAGGGUUUGCAGGAACCCUGGUGUCUCCAAUACCCACCUUCUCUUCGGCCCCUCUCUCUCCCAAAUCCAUUUGCCUCACCGAAACGAAUCGCCGAGGGGCAUCUUCCUUGAUUUCCGAGACCGGCAGAUACCUUCUUGCCUCCUCCUAGGGUUUCGACUCAAAUAGGACUGCUUGUACAAGAGACUGUUUCUGGUAAGUGACGAUGGUGCUGUGGGUUUUUGGGUAUGGUUCCCUGGUCUGGAACCCUGGUUUUGAUUUCGAUGAGAAAAUAAUUGGCUUCAUUAAGGACUACAGGCGUGUUUUUGAUCUGGCAUGCAUAGACCACAGAGGAACACCAGAAAAUCCAGCUAGAACCUGCAUGCUAGAGGCCAGAAAUGGAGCGGUCUGUACUUUAAUGCGUCAGUGGGGUGCUGCAUAUUGUGUUAAAGGAGGCAUAGAAAAGGAAAAGGCAGCAAUACAGUAUUUGGAGAGAAGAGAGUGCGAGUAUGACGGGAAAGCAUAUGUGGACUUCUAUGGGGAGGGAGAUUCUCUUAAGCCAGCUGCCACACGAGUUUUAGUUUUCAUUUCCACGCUCGACAAGGAAGCUAACAAGUACUAUCUAGGUCCAGCUCCCUUGGAAGAAAUGGCAAGGCAAAUUGCUACUGCAACUGGUCCUUGCGGGAAUAAUAGGGAUUAUCUCUUUUUGCUAGAGAAGGCGAUGUUCGGCAUAGGUCACGAAGACAAUUAUGUCAUUGAGCUGGCAAAUGAGGUGAGGAAGGUGCUUCGGGGGCUGAAGGAGAAGAGGAUAGUCGGGUCCCUCAUCGCACGCAAAGCCCAUCCCCCUUUCAUGCGCGUGCCCUCCCUUCCAGAAGCCACCGUCGUGGACUUGAGGUGAAAAUUAAUGAUUUUAAGUUAUAUCUGGAGGGGCGCAGAAAAAUUCAAAGACCACGCUCCGCACUAGUACCUCUCUCUCGCUCUCUCUCUUUAUGUUGGGUACCUAAAGGAAAAAAAUCUCUAUAUUUUCAAUCUUUUCUUUAGGCAUCGUUCUAGGUUUGCCAUCCUUGCAACUGUGUUAGAAUUGUUUUGAAUGGUUUUCUUUAAUCCUAACAGUGGUUUUCUAGGCUCCA